GGAAUUACGAUUGAGGAUGGUGAUCCAUUGAUGCUGACAGAUGCUCUCACAGUUGAUGAGCAAGUACCACUGUGUAUCUCUACUGUGUUAACACUGGGAUCGGAUUCCACAUCAUCGAACUCCAAGGUUGCCACCUUUUGGUUUUUUUGCAGCACCCCGGAAUCGUCCGACAAGGGGUAGCGGCCAAUGCAAUCCAGGUCUGGGGAGCAUUGCGAUGCCGACGCCCUCGGGCAUUCCAAUCCGAUGGGCAACUACCCAGGUCCCUUGAACGGCAGGGCGCUAGGCUCAACCAAGCGGCGGCCAUCGUCCUCCGCUCGUCCGGGGGCAGGUGCGCCCGAGGAAAUCUCGCACGGAUGCGGCCUGGCCCGGCCCGUGCCCGCCGGUCGUCAGCCCGGGCCCUGGGAAGCUACACCACGCGGCGGGCUGCCAAGUGCGACGGCGCGUAGCUGCCAUGGCUCUGUCGAUGUACAAACCCCCACAAGGGGCGGAGCUUCUAUCGGUGCGAUUAAGAGGGUAAUUUGUGUCCGCAAGUCUUUGCCUCCGGCGCCGUUUCAACACCAUCGCGCCCCGGCACACCGGCUCCGGAGACCGGACACAAUGACCGAGCCCCAUCGAAGUGGCUAGUCACGGCUUCGCCGUAAAAAUAGCAUGAUACUGCAGUAUGGCCGGCACCGGGGGUCACAGCUUGGACAACAGGGUGCUCCGACCGGUUCGGCGAUUUUCAAUCGGGUCUAUUUGAAGCAGCGCUUUUCAUUGGGUAAGGUCGCAGGCGCACCUCUGCCAUCAGUCUCGCCUGCUGGGCAUUGAUGUUUCUGACACGCCUCCGCACCACAAACCCUUACCCGCCCCUGGGACCAGGAUAGAUCCCGGUCCUGUAUGGCAGACAGCCCAGAGUGGCUCGAUAGGCCGAGGACCGAGCACGGCACAUGCUGCGAGAUUCCUGAACCUUAAAAUACCACCGCCGACACAGGCACCUCGAACGCAGGUCCACCCGCGGCCUUUUUGGUGCCGCCAAGUUCAGAGUUGGGAUCACGUUGGACGGCAAAGGUGGAACAGCCAAAAUCCUGGCAACAACUUGCUAUCUCGUACCGACAUAAUUACACAUGGCCGGCAGACUGGCUGGGCUCAUCUAUCAGUAUCUUGGACGUUACAUGU